AUGGUUAGUUUGAUAAACGCUUGGUGUUUAGUGAUCAUCUCAUUAUCUUACACUUAUGUCGUUGCCCAAUUUGUUCCAAAAGGAAUCAGAAGGAUGAUACUAUUCAUACCCGUCUUCCUCUAUUUCUUCAUAGUUCCUUUAUCAUUGUCCACCAUACAUUCAAUAGGCAUCACAGCUUUCUUAAUCUCCUGGCUCGCUAACUUCAAGCUCUUUCUCUUUGCUUUAGGAAAAGGUCCUCUGAUCUCUUCAAACUCUAGACCCUUAUCACUCCCUAUUUUCUUAGCCGUCUCUCUCUUUCCCAUCAAGAUUCAUCUGAGCCCUAAACCUACCACAUCUAACAGAGUAUCAUCCAAAGAAGGUCUCUUAUAUUAUACCAUCAUGGUUACUCUUUUGAUUCUUAUGACAAAAGUCUACGAGUAUAGCAGUAAACUCCCUGACAAAGCCGUAUUGACUCUCUACGCAAUUCAUAUCUAUCUCUAUCUCGAGCUCAUCCUAUCUAUCACAGCAACCGUGGUUCGAGCUAUGUCAAGUCUUGAGCUCGAACCACAGUUCAACAAACCGUACCUAGCGACAUCUCUUCAAGACUUCUGGGGGAGACGAUGGAACCUGGCGGUCAGUGGAAUCCUAAGGCCUACUGUGUACGAGCCAACGGUUCAGCUCUUCUCUGUUUUGGACCCGAACUGGUCCCGUGUUCUUGGUGUUUUCUCCACGUUUGUUGUCUCAGGGUUGAUGCACGAGCUCAUCUUCUUCUACAUGGGAGGGAUGAUGCCGGAUUGGAAGGUAAUGUGGUUCUUUCUCAUACAUGGAUUCUGCACGAGUGUGGAGAUUGCUGUCAAGAAAAAAGUCAACGGAAGGUUGAGGUUUCCGACAGGAAUCAGUCGUGUUUUGACGUUUUGGUUUGUAAUGGUGACGAGUUUGUGGCUGUUCUUGCCGGUGUUUAAUCGGGGCAACAUAUUUGAGAGGGUUCUUGAAGAGUACGCAUAUGCAGGGGAGGUCGCAGCCAAGACCAAGAGCAUCAUUGCGUCUCUACUUUAAAUACUUACCAUGAAACAAAUCUGGAGUUUCAUUUUGCUACAAAACAUAUCUAAGAUCAUGAUUGCAUGGGCCAUAUGUGACUUUAUUUUUGUUAGUUGCUACAACAAAUUCUAAAAAUGU